GGCUCCCAGCAGUCCCUGCACGGGCAAAGAUGGCGGCGUCCAGGUAGAGGUUUUGUAGAGACUGAGUCGGUAUGGCCUUGGCGUCCGGGCCCGCUCUGCGGGUACUCGCUGGCUCUGGGAGGCUCGGCCUCGGGGGCUACGGGACCCCGAAACGCGGGGCGUAUGAGUGGGGCGUGCGCUCCACGCGGAAGCCCGAGCCUCGCCCCCUGGACAGGGUGUACGAGAUCCCCGGUCUGGAGCCCAUUACCUACGAGGGCAAGAAGCACUUCGUCCCGUGGCUGGCGAGGCCGAUCUUCCCGCCGUGGGAGCGCGGCUGGAAUGACCCACGCUUCCACCGUGCGGCCCCCAUCCACGAGCAGCCUCUGUACAAGGAAGAACCCUGCUACAUCUUCCACCAGCGUUGCCGACUCCUGGAGGGUAUGAAGCAGGCUCUCUGGCUUACUAAGACCAAGUUAAUCGAAGGCCUCCCCAAGAAAGUGCUUAGUCUUGUUGAUGAUCCAGCUAAUCACAUAGAGAACCAAGAACAGCGUGUUUUGGAUAUCAUCUCCCAUGCCCGGCUUUGGCACUCCACUGAGGACAUCCCCAAGAGAGAGACUUACUGCCCACUCAUUGUGGACAGCCUCAUACAGCUGUGUAAGUCCCAGAUCCUCAAGCACCCUUCUCUAGCCAGGCGGACCUCUGCCCAAAACUGCACCUUAGCCACCACCUGGAAUCGCGAGUCUCUUCUCCUUCAGGUCCGAGGCACUAGUAGUACCAUACUGAGUGCCAAGGAUCCCCUGCCCGUCAUUGCCUCCAGGGAGGAGGUUGAAGCUACCAGAAGUCAUGUUCUUGAAACCUUCUAUCCCAUAUCUCCUACCAUCGAUCUUCAAGAAUGCCAUGUUUAUGAAGUGAGAGAUGACACAGGAUUCCAGGAGGGCUAUCCUUACCCCCAUCCCCACACCUUGUAUUUCCUGGAAAAGGCCAAUUUACGGCCACAACGCUUUCUUCCAGAACAGCUAAGGGCUAAGAUGCUCCUGUUUGCUUUCGCCAAUGCCCUGGCCCAGGCCAGGCUCCUCUAUGGGAACACAGCCAAAGUCUUGGAGCAGCCAAUAGUCGUGCAGAGCGUGGGCACUGAUGGCCGUGUCUUCCAGUUCCUGGUGCUGCAGUUGAACACCACAGAUCUGGCUUCUAGCGAGGGCAUCAAGAAUUUGGUAUGGACAGACUCAGACCAGCUCCUUUACCGGCACUUCUGGUGUCGCCCGGUCAUCAAAAAAAAGGUGGUGGUGGAACCUGUUGGGCCUGUUGAUUUCCAGCCGGAGACGUUCAGGAAGCUUUUAGCUCUGUACUUGCAUGGUGCUGUGUGAGCUAGGAACUUUCUGGGGCCUGAUGCCCGACUACCUUCCUGCCUCUGAAGAGCUCGUGUCCUGGGACGGUGGUGCUGGAGCCUGGCGAGCCUUCCACUCUCCCUCGGUCUGCUGGAAAUAAAGUCUUAGUAUUGCAUUGG